AGUGAGGUUGAGAUGGCGGCCAUCGCCCAGGAGCUGGAUGCGGCGGAGCAUGCGCUGAUGGCCAGCGCCGGUGUGGACAACCCAGACUACCUGCGGUAUGUGGCCGAGGGCAGCGGCAACGUGGCGGAGAGCGGCAUGUUCUCCAUCCAGGUGCUGAGCCGCGCGCUGGAGGUGUGGGGCCUGGCCGCGGUGCCGCUGACCAGCCCAGACAUGGAGGCGGCGCGCGCCGACCCCACCACGCAGGCCGCCUUCAUUUGCAACCACCAGGAGCACUGGCUGACCGUGCGCCAGAUCCACGGCCAGUGGUGGAACCUGAACAGCGUGUACUCGGCCCCCGAGCCCCUCAGCACCUUCCACCUCUCCGCCUUCCUGGGCUCGCUGCAGCAGGAGGGGUACACGAUAUUUGUGAUCCAGGGGCAGCUGCCG